AUGAACAACACAGAAGAACCCGAGCGGGAUCUCGAGUCCAGUCUCGAUGACAAGCAGAAUCCAACCACUGUCCGGCACGAUGAAAUUGUCGGUCAGUGGGACGAGAAGACCGGCGUUGCCAAAGGCGACGACUCGGACGGACGUGUCAACUGGACCUGGAGACAGAUCCUCGCAACUAUUUCCCUGUGUGGCGUGUAUGUCGGAUCGCAGAUUCCGCUAUACUUCGUCGGAGGCUCACUCACUUACAUUGCGUCUGACCUGGGUUCGGCCUCGACUGGGUGGAUUCCAGUUUCGAACUCUCUAGCACUUGCCGCGUUCUGCCCGUUCUGUGGCUACCUUCAAGACAUGUUUGGGAAGAGGAAUAUUUCCAUCUUAGGAUCCGUCUUGAUCCUCAUCGGCACGAUAGUCACCGCCACGGCUCACUCCUUCGCCCAGGGUGUGGCCGGCAUGACUAUUGCUGGCUCAGGCGCAGCGAUCGGUGAGCUCACGGCACUAGCUGGGACGGCGGAGCUGGUGCCCGUCAAAAAGCGUGGACUCUACCUUGCCUGCGUCACCUUCUUCAUAUGCCCGUUCUUUCCUUACGUCCUGUACUCCCAGCUGCUUUCGGCUCAUGCGACCUGGAGAUGGGGUCUGUGGAUCACAGUGAUCUAUAAUGCAGUUUUCUUCGGAGGGGUUCUUCUCUUCUACUUCCCGGAUUCGCAUAUCUUGCGCAAGGGCACCAUGAGCAGAACAGAGAUCGCAAAGCAGAUCGACUAUAUCGGCGCUGUGCUGUCCAUCACGGGUGUGAUCCUCUUUCUGGUCGCCUUGCAGUCUGGCGGAUCAUCGCACCCUUGGAAAAGCGCAUACGUCCUCUGCAUGCUGUUUAUCGGCGCCGCACUUAUAGCCGCCUUCGUGAUGUGGGAAUGGAAAGGCGCAAAAUACCCUAUGGUGCCGAAGGACCUGUUUGCUGGCCAGCGUAUUGUCGCCAUCGCCCUUGCGGUUGCGUUCGUCUCCGGGAUGAAUUUCUUCGCUCUCUUCGCACCUAAAUUCCAGCACUCACUGACACAGCGUAGCCCCAUCCAAGUCGGCGUCAAAGGCCUCGGCUACUCGAUCGCAAUCACCGUCGGCGCCACGGUGAUGAACGCGCUCCUCACGAUCCUAAAAGGCAACAACCGAGAACUCCUCCUCACCUCAUGCGUGCUGAUGACCGCCUUCACAGGCAGCAUGGCAGUCGCCAACCCCACAAACCCAGGCCUCGCCGUCGGCCUGGCCACCGUCGCGGGAUUCGGCAUCGGCGGCGUCAUCGUCCCAGCCGCGACCAUCGCCAUGACGGCCUGCCCCGACUCGCUGAUCGCGACAGCCACGGCACUCACGCUGACCAUCCGCUUCGUAGGCGGCUCGAUCGGCUACUCGAUCUACUACAACGUCUUCAGCGAGAAGCUGGCGCGCAAACUUCCCGAACGGGUCCUCGAUUUCGCCCUCCAGGCAGGUCUGCCACGUUCGUCGGCCGCAACAUUCGUCCAGACGUUUCUCACGCUGCCUGCUAAUGUCUCGGAUGUGGUGGGGGUGACGCCCGCUAUCGUCGAGGCCGCGACCAUGGGAUCGCGCUGGGCGUAUUCGGACGCGCUGGCUUACGUGUGGUACACGAGCAUCCCGUUUGGUGUGCUCUCCAUUAUUGGAUGUCUCAUGAUCGGUGAUAUCUCCAAGUAUAUGACCAAUAGGAUUGCGGUGCAGAUGAGGCAUUGA